AUGGAGGCUGACAGCGCGGGGGUGGGGGAGCGGCCCGAGGGGGAGGGGAAAGAUACAUCGUCUCUGUCAAAAACGGCGCCGACUCAGAAUCUGCUUUGCGGACGGACCAGACUCAAUGUGUAUCUGGACCGUCUUGCUCGAUGGUACUACCACCCCCACUCGUAUUACCAUCCCCACUCGUACUACCACCCCCACUCGUACUACCACCCCCACUCGUACUCCCACCCCCACUCGUACUACCACCCCCACACGUACUACCACCCCCACUCGUACUACCAUCCCCCACUCAACUACAAGUACCAGCACAAUGAAUACUGUCACUACCGCCUUCUCUACCCAUACCCCUACCACUAUCACUACAUCUACUCCCGCCACUACCACAGCAAUGAUCACUGUCACUACCACCUUCCCUACCCAUACCCCUACCACUAUCACUACAUCUACUCCUGCCACUACCAACACAAUGAUCACUGUCACUACCACCUUCUCCACCCAUACCCAUACCACUAUCACUACCACCACUACCAGCACAAUGAUCACUGUCACUACCACCUUCUCUACCCAUACCCCUAUCACUAUCACUACCACCACUACCAGCACAAUGACCACUGUCUCUACCACCUUCUCUACCCAUACCCCUACCACUAUCACUACCACCACUACCAGCACAAUGAUCACUGUCACUACCACCUUCCCUACCCCUACCACUAUCACUAUCACUACCACCACUACCAGCACAAUGAUCACUGUCACUACCAUCUUCUCUCCCCAUACCCCUACCACUAUCACUACAUCUACUCCCGCCACUACCACAGCAAUGAUCACUGUCUCUACCACCUUCUCUACCCAUACCCCUACCACUAUCACUACCAGCACAAUGAUCACUGUCACUACCAUCUUCUCUACCCAUACCCCUACCACUAUCACUACAUCUACUCCCGCCACUACCACAGCAAUGAUCACUGUCACUACCACCUUCUCCACCCCUACCCCUACCACUAUCACUACCACCACUACCAGCACAAUGAUCACUGUCACUACAACCUUCCCUACCCCUACCACUAUCACUACCACCACUACCAGCACAAUGAUCACUGUCACUACCACCUUCUCCACCCAUACCCCUACCACUAUCACUACCACCACUACCACUGCAAUGAUCACUGUCACUACCACCUUCUCUACCCCUACCCCUACCACUAUCAAUACCACCACUACCAGCACAAUGAUCACUGUCACUACCACCUUCUCUACCCAUACCCCUACCCCUAUCACUACAUCUACUCCCGCCACUACCACAGCAAUGACCACUGUCACUACCAUCUUCUCUACCCAUACCCUACCACUAUCACUACAUCUACUCCGCCACUACCACAGCAAUGA